AUGAAUGGGCACCUGGCGCACCACCACCCCUCCCGUGCGACUGGGGUCUAUGUGGGUGUCUCCCAGCUGGAGUACGCCCGCAUCAGCCUGGAAUCAGGCGGCGGCGCACUGAACACCUACUAUGCCACUGGCGCCCACCUCAGCGUGGCCUCAGGCCGCCUGUCCUUCACCUUCGGCUUCAAGGGCCCCGCAAUGACAGUGGACACUGCCUGUUCCUCCUCCCUGGUCACCACACAUCUCGCUGCCAAGGGCUUGGAGCGAGGCGAAUGCGAGGCUGCUGCAAGCGUGGGUGUCAACUUGACCCUGGUGCACAGCUGGACCCGUGCCUGCCUGCGCGCCGGCAUGCUGUCGGAGGUCGGGCGCUGCAAGACACUGGACGCCUCAGCCGACGGCUAUGUGCGGGCCGAGGGUGUGGGGGCGAUAAUGUUGGCUCUGGUGCAUCCAGCUGACCAGCCUGCCGCUCGUCAGGCACUGGCGGCCGCAGACGAUGGCAACAAAGCCCUGGCAUGGCAGUCGCUGGUGCUGCUGGCAGGCAGCUCCGUCAACCAGGAUGGGCGCAGCAGCAGCCUGACAGCUCCCAACGGCCCCAGCCAGCAAGAGGCGGUCAAUGCCACGCUGCGCGAUGGCGACCUGUCGGCCUGGCAGGUAUCCCACCUGCAGAUGCAUGGCACAGGUAGGAGUGGAACAAGCAGCUUGCAGAUACAGAGCAUUUUAGGAGAUGGGGAGUUCAUUGCUGCUUCUGCCCCCCAUCUCACGGUAUGA